UCUGCGCCCAGGAGGCGUGGAGCAGAGAGCGCGGGAGCAGAGCGUCCUGCGGCCACGCUCCCCGCGCGGAGGCGAGAGGGAGGGGCCGGAGGGGGCCCGGCAGCACCAGAGGCGGCGCGCGGGGCUCGCGGCGGCUCAGUCUCCUCCCCAGCCCAGCCCCGGACGGCGAGAGCGGCGGCGAGUGCGAGCCGCAGCCCGGGCCUCGGAGCGAGGAGGCGGAGGGCCGGAGAAAGCGGAGGACCGGAGCGGCGGGCCGCGCUCGGGCCCCCGCCGUGUGCGCGUUCUCCUGGCGGAUCCCGCAUAAAUGUUGAAAAUAUUUCAUGUGAAGCCUAAGAAUCCCUGAUUGUGGAAGCACCCCAGAAGCACUGUUAACUGUAAAGUGAGGAAAAGUAUGAAAGAACCAUCUGGUUGAGUGUACAAUUCGAAGACCACCACAUCCACCAGAAGACCCAGGAUGGAUCUGCACCAAAGCACCACCACCAUCUCUUUCCUUGAGAAAUGGUGUUCAGAUAAGUCACCGUCUGGCUGCAGGAGACAUUAUAAUGUCAGAAAAAAACUGAAGUUGAUUCGAAUCUUAGGCCUUUUCAUGGGCCUGGUAGCCAUUAGCACUGUUCCGUUUUCAAUCAGUGCCUUUUCUGAGACAGAGACACCGAGCACAGGAGAGGCCAGUGGUGCAAGUGGCCCCAGGGUAGCACACGAUUACCGUCAAAGAACUCUCUUAGAUUUAAAUGACAAGAUUCGAGAUUAUACGCCACAGCCACCUGUUUCUCAGGAAGGCAAAUCUGAGAAUGGUACAGACCAUGCCCAAGGAGACUACCCAAGAGACAUCUUUUCCCUCGAGCAGCGGAGACAAGGUGCCAUCAUUCUCCAUGUCAUUGGAAUGAUCUACAUGUUCAUAGCCUUAGCCAUUGUCUGCGAUGAGUUCUUUGUUCCCUCUUUGACUGUCAUCACUGAAAAACUGGGCAUCUCUGAUGAUGUGGCUGGAGCCACCUUUAUGGCUGCCGGGGGCUCAGCCCCAGAACUUUUCACGUCUCUCAUAGGGGUAUUUAUCGCUCACAGCAAUGUUGGCAUUGGCACAAUCGUGGGCUCAGCGGUGUUCAACAUCCUCUUUGUCAUUGGCAUGUGUGCACUGUUUUCCAGAGAAAUCUUAAACCUGACAUGGUGGCCACUCUUUCGGGAUGUGUCCUUCUACAUCAUUGACUUGAUCAUGCUGAUCAUAUUUUUCCUGGAUAACUUUAUCAUGUGGUGGGAAAGCUUGCUUCUCUUAACAGCUUACUUUGGCUAUGUGGUUUUCAUGAAAUUCAACGUCCAAGUAGAAAGAUGGGUGAAGCAAAUGAUAAACCGCAACAAAGUCGUCAAGGUGACAGCACCAGAGGCCCAAGCAAAGUCAUCUGCAGCCAGGGACAAGGAUGAACAGGCUCUACCGGCGAAGCCGCGUCUGCAGCGGGGUGGAAGCUCCGCCUCCCUCCACAACAGUCUCAUGAGGAACAGCAUCUUCCAGCUCAUGAUACACACCCUCGACCCGCUCGCUGAAGAACUUGGAUCAUAUGGAAAACUAAAAUAUUAUGACACAAUGACUGAAGAAGGGAGGUUCAGAGAAAAGGCUUCAAUUCUCCACAAGAUCGCCAAGAAAAAAUGUCAGGUGGAUGAGAACGAGAGGCAGAAUGGGGCUGCUAACCAUGUGGAAAAAAUCGAGCUCCCAAACAGCACCAGCACAGAAGUGGAGAUGACACCAUCCAGUGAUGCUUCGGAACCUGUACAAAAUGGAAAUCUCUCCCACAGCAUUGAAGCUGCGGAAGCCCAGACCACAGAGACGGGUGAAGACGAGGAGGACCAGCCUCUCAGCCUGGCCUGGCCUUCCGAUACCCACAAGCAAGUCACGUUCCUGAUUGUUUUCCCCAUAGUGUUUCCUCUCUGGAUUACCUUACCUGAUGUUCGCAAACCUUCAUCAAGAAAGUUUUUUCCCAUCACGUUCUUCGGCUCCAUCACCUGGAUCGCAGUAUUCUCUUACUUGAUGGUCUGGUGGGCACAUCAGGUUGGAGAGACAAUUGGCAUUAGUGAAGAGAUUAUGGGUCUGACCAUCUUGGCUGCUGGGACCUCCAUCCCUGACCUGAUCACCAGUGUCAUAGUGGCCCGGAAGGGGCUCGGGGACAUGGCUGUGUCCAGCUCUGUUGGAAGCAACAUUUUUGACAUCACUGUAGGGCUCCCACUGCCCUGGCUCCUGUACACCACCAUUCACAGGUUCCAGCCCGUGGCCGUCAGCAGCAACGGCCUCUUCUGCGCCAUCGUCCUCCUCUUCAUCAUGCUGCUCUUCGUCAUCCUCUCCAUCGCCCUCUGCAAAUGGAGGAUGAACAAAGUGCUGGGCUUCAUCAUGUUUGGCCUCUACUUUGGGUUCCUCGUGGUCAGCGUCCUCCUGGAAGACAGAAUCCUCAUGUGCCCUGUCUCCAUCUAGCAGGAAAAGCCAUAUCUUGAGCCAACAAAAUGGACUGUCCCUCCCCGCUCAGGGUUGUAGGCUCCUUGACCUCCGCUGGCACACAGCCCUGGGCAUUUCAAGUGUUCCUCCUUGGUGGCUUUGAUAAGGGGGUGGCUUCGCGCUGGGCCCACUCAUUUCUUGGGCUGCUCCCACACUUGCCUCCUGCAGUGGCUCCAUGCAAGAGACAAAGAGAUCCCAGCAUUUGGGGCUUCCCUCCCUGCACUGCUCACAGGUAUUCCUCCCUGGUCAUUGUCAUGAUGCAAAGAAUGACAAAGAUGAUAUAUAUACAUAUAAAAAAUAUAUAUUAUUUAUAGAUGCACAUGCACACACCCCUGCCUGUUCCUGUAUUAUACCUCUCCUUCCACACCUAUAGAGUAGUACAUACCUGUAUACAAAUACAAAGAAAGAAAAAUUAUAAAUAUAUAUAUAUAUAUGUAAUCAUAUAUAUAUAUAUAAAUACAACUGCAUCUUUUCAGGGAUAGCUCUAGUAUAUUUCUAUUACCUAUUUGAAGAGGGGCAUCAACCUUCAGUCUGAGCUUUACCUCUUAAGUGCAAGAGGUGAGCUAAGAGAAUCAUUGCUGUGACCUUCAGCCUACCUUGGACAUACUGGGAUUCUGCCUGGUACGGUGGAUAUUUUAGGAAAAUAGGUUGCACGAGGGAGGGCUGGGUGGAGAGGGCCUGUAGGGGCCCUGAAAUGAGCCCUCCAAAAUAUUCCCACAAGCCAAACCGGGAAGACCGUCUCUCUACCCCAACUGGGGUACACUCUCUGAAACCCACAGGGUUAUUGGGACAUUCAGAGGUAAAACCCAGGCUGGGUGGAUACUGGUUUGGGGCAAGGGGGAGGUGACCAGGGCUGGGUUUGGGGGAGGGGGGGUUAUAUAUUGCCCCAGCAUGCAAGUAGAAAAUAUGAUUGCAAAGCAAAUUAGUGCACUUCUAGGACAGCAAGACUAUAUAAACUGAACCUAUACUGUUGCAAUGCAUGUCCCAUUAUCAUCAAAAGAAGGGGGGCAAGUUUAGUUGUGAUUGUCAUUCAGACGUAUUUUGAUGCGAAGGGCAUCAAAAUGCCUGCCAAGAAAGCCUGGAUAUGUACUAAGAAAUACCAUCCAGCAGAGGCGCUCAGCAGGACUUGCCCCCCAAGGACGUGGUUCUUUAAUGCAUCUUCCAGUGUGGUCAUAAAGGGCUUCAGUGGCUGAAGGAAGAAAUCAUUGUUCCUCCAACCAAUAGAACUAGAAUGACUCUGAUCAAUACUGCUUGGAUUAAGGCAGCUUCAAGAUGUUUGGAAAGGCGUUUGUUAACUAGGAAGGUUUCUGGGUCCUGUGUCUAGUGGUGCCAGGACCAGGAUCUGGUUAAAGCCCAUGGACCAUGGGUGUCUCUCCUGCCAUCAGGACCGCAUCUGGGACUCUUUGUAGCUCACAGAGUACACUGCAGACUACACUCAACAGCUUCUUUACACUGGCUUCAAGCCAGUCACUUCAAGGAUCUGAUUUUCAGAGCAUUCAAGGGACAUCUUCAUUUCAUUCAUUCAGUGCUCCCCAGUUCUAUUUGACAUUUUGUAUGAUUUCUCAGGUCUACGUCAAAAGAAAAUAAAACCGACAGAGGAAAAAGAUUAGGUGGACUAACUUACUGAAAAACAUGCAGAGUUUUUCAUUUCCCCAAAUCAUGCUUCCUUAUAAUCAGUUGAAAAAGUAAAUAGAGGAUGGGGCAUUAUUCUGUAGCCUUCCUGCAUCUAAGUUGGCACACACCAUGGCUUCUCUCCAGUCUGUUGUGUCACUGAUGCUGCUAUGAUUUUGCGGUGAACACGACCCUCCUAACGCAGGGAGACAGGAUGCAGAACUCACAACUGAAUAAAGAUAAAGAUCAAGCUCAGCAUUCCUUCCACAAAACCUCAGCCCACUCCACAGAGCAUGGCAGUCACAGGCAGUGCCCCCAUCAUUGCUCUUCUGAGUGGAGGCCCAAUGGGAAAGCAGGAAGCCAAGAUGGCUGCCACCCAGGAGGCCAGCUUCCCAGUCUCUCCAACUGUGCAAAGUCGGGUGUUCAGUUGUGUGAGAGAGACCCACGUCUCCUUCAUCAAGGGCAGGAUUUUGUGUUGAAGCAAGAAUUCGUGUUAGUUCCUCUGAGUGAAAGAGAAGGAGUAAGUGAACAUUGAGUUAAAAACCCUGAUGGUUUUCCCUGUGCAUUACUUGAAGGGGAGCAGAGUUGUUUAUUGCAGGAAUGUGUAUGAUGGACUGGUUGGUUGUGUGGAAGAAAGUUUGAGUAGGUGACUCUGACUCAAUUGCAGAUUGACUAUAUAAAACCAGAAAGGAGGAGGGAGAUCCAGUGCAAGCCUGUUCUUAUUCCAGCCCUUCCCCACACUCACCCUGCCUCCUCACUCUUUCCCAUUCAUUCCCAGCUCACGGUGAAGACUCAUCCAGGCAGCCACAGGGCAUUUGGCUUGCCUGGGAGCUCCCUUCCUAGGGAGUGUUGUCAGUCAUGAAAAGUUGCAUUUGAGAAGAUGCUGUUUCUCAGCCCAGUUCCCACCUCAAGGGUGUGCAGUGUUGGCUCACUGGCCAGUAUGCAAGCACCUCCCUGCCCCUGCUUGCCCCCUAUAAGUUGUCUGUGAGGUUAUGUGUUGGGCUUGGGUAAACCCAGACAGAAGUGUAUAGGAUGCAACAGCGGAUCUUUAAAAGCAUUCAAAUCAUUAACAUAAUUAUAAGAAAGAACUUUCCACAACACGGUUUUCUGAGUAGUUCAUCUCUAGUGCCUGUGUAAAUACAUAUAUAAAUAUAUAUAUCUUCAUACCAAAUCUAUAUAUAUAUAUACACAAUACCACUUACAUCAUCACCCUCUGACCCAAUUACAUCCAGGAUUCAAAAGCAGGGAGCACCAAAGUUUGCCUUAGUGAAAGGAAAGGAAAAACAUGCACACCAACAACCAAAGGGAACAUUUCCUCCUGAUCUCAUAAGGUUUGUUUUGUGCACAAGUACAUACAAACACACACACACAUGAACCCUCCCUGUAUAUUUAAAUGGCCAGCCAUAUCCCUAAUGGUGACGUAGAGGCAAAGAAUGCACAGUAGAAAAGUACAGGGGAAAAAAAUUUAGACUACAGAUACUCUGUUUUUCUGGAACGGUAAAAAUAUCAAAAAUUCAAGCGCCAACCUCUUACUGUUCAAUCUAAAAUAAAUGAGCUGGGGCUUCCCUGGUGGCACAGUGGUUGAGAGUCCGCCUGCCGAUGCAGGGGACACAGGUUCGUGCCCCGGUCCGGGAAGAUCCCACAUGCCGCGGAGCAGCUGGGCCCGUGAGCCAUGGCCGCUGAGCCUGCGCGUCCGGAGCCUGUGCUCCGCAAGGGGAGAGGCCACGGCAGUAAGAGGCCCGCGUACCGCAAUAAAUAAAUAAAUAAAUAAAUGAGCUGUAUGCAAAUGGUUCCCUUUACCUGCAGCAAACCAAGCAGGUCUUACUUGCUGUCACCUCCCCUGUCACCCUAGGCAGCCUCAGGACGGGAGAACGACUUGGUUCAUGCUGAGAAUAGCCAAAUAGACCCUUCUCAAUUGCCUCUGGGAAUGCCCACGCCGAGUUCAGCUGCCCUCUGAACCUGCCUAGACCCUCAAGAACUGAAGCUGGAGAUGAGAGGGUUUGCAUGCAGCUUCCCGGGCCUAAGCUGAGCCAGGCAGCGGCAGGUCAGGAAAACACAGUAACGUACACGGACUAAGGGGGAGGGUUGCUUAUCAGUUUGGCUGACGCAGCAGAACUUCCUAAAGCCUUGCCCAGAAGAUUAUAAAAACAGGCAGGGACUGUUUCGUAUUUGGGGAAAAUGCUUUGUAAGGCUUCUCACAGGUGUCAGCUGACAGGGGCCAUUAUAAUUUAUUUUCUAGGGAAGACGUGAAUCAGGUGUUUGGAGGCCUUUCAGCAAAACACAGCUGCUUUGCUGAUGAGACAUUUGAUGAUAUUAAUGUACAUCACUGCUGGGCAGGGAGAGAGUUGGCAAACUCCCCACCAAUGCUCAUAGCUCUUAAACUCCUCUGUGACAAGGAUGAGCUAUCAAGGGAAGCCCUCCACCCAAGACCACCUUAACAGAAAGCUGACCAGGGAUGUGACAACAGAUAGAGCUGCUGGCCAGACAGACAGCUGGAAAAGAUGGGACUAAUGUUAACUGCUCUGCCGAAAUUGCUGGGUUGGAAUAACACGUGGGUCUGAAUCCAAGCAUGUCAGAAAACUUCAAUAUGCUUUCUUCCCUACAUCUACCAACAACGGGCACGCACGCAGGCACACGCGCGCGCGCGCGCACACACACACACACACACACACACACACACACACACACACACACACACAAGAUUAUGAGCAUGCCAUGCUUCCUUGCACCUGGACAGAUUGCUACUCCAAUAAUUAAGUGACUAGUACUAAUUAAUUGGAUUGUUACAGCUCUGUUCCAGAAGAAAUAAAGGGAAACUGUUCUCAGGAUGAUUUCUGGAAAAAUCAACUGUCUCCUGAAAGCUUGUUAUAGAAGCUAGUGCUCAUUCUUGCUAAGUCAGAUCUUACAUAACCACCUGGCUUAAUAUUUUUAAAAGAUACAUGCUGAACUCCUGUACCUCCCUCAGCAAGACUGUCUUCAAUUAGUAGGUGAGGGCUUGUCUUGAAGAGAAAGUUAGUGAAAAAAUAAAGAAUAAGGAAAAGGAAGAAAGGGGAAAUUAACUUACUUUUACCAGGAUCCCAAGAAAGCAAAUAUCACAUUGAUAUAUAUCCCUAUGUAGUUUUAAAUAAUUACAAAUUUCAGGCUUUUUUACCCAAUUACAAAAGCCUAUAUAGAGUCCCAGAUAAAAAAUAUGUUCCCCUCUCAAGAAGACAUUGGGAAGAAAGGUAAGGGCCUCCACUCCACUAGCUAUUUAAGGUUAGCUCCUUGCCUCUCUAGCUUUGUGUUUCGUUUUUUAAUCUCACAGCUUCCUAUUCACUGAAAUAUCUAGCAAACAAGAAAAGUAAGAAGGGCACACUCAGAGCCAGCUGAACUCCACUACUCAUUGUGAGAUUACGCUCUUUUUUUUCACUUUACUGGAAGCUUCGAAAAGGCACAGGCAGGACUUCCCUGGUGGUACAGUGGUUAAGACUCUGUACUCCCAAUGCAGGGGGCCUGGGUUCGGACCCCUGGCCAGGGAACUAGAUCCCACAUGCACGCUGCAACUAAAAGUUCACAUGCCACAACUAAGGACCCUGCCUGCCCCAACCGAGACCUGAUACAACCAAAUAUCUUUUUUAAAAAAAGGCAUGGGCUGCAGCACAGAAAUCACCAGGAGCCUUUAGGUGUCUGUAGAAAACACGGGUGCACUCAUGUUUGUUAUGGAAGUCACACGUGCUUUCCACCUAGAUGCCCCCCAGUGUGCUCACUGCUGCUUCGCCCACCUUCCUCACUGCACAGGGCAUCGGCCUUGCCCAGCACCACCUGAUUUCCAUCAUGGUCUUUAGUGGCAGUUUUGUUUAAACAAAGUGAGAGUAAGCUACAAAGGGCCCAGGAAUCCACAAGUCAGCCAGUUUUUUAGAGAGAAAAAGGAGCCUCUAAUUAUGACUGGAUAGACAACUCUGUUCAAAUUAGCAAACAAAUAGUGGGGACACUAUGGAACACCAAAUUAUCUAAGCCAAAGCUCUUCCACCAAAUGAUUGGUUGGCAGACUGGAAAACCAUAAAGAAUUUUUUUAAAAAACUGAUAAAGACCUAAGUGUGAAAGAGUGCCAUGGAAUUGGCAUUGAGUUUACCAAAGGUUUAGUUCUGUUAAGAGCGCUUGUUCAACCUAUCACCCUGAUCCAAAAGACAAUCCCUUUGCAGGAAAGAAAUCCUAGCAUAGAUGUUCCUGGUGUAACCCAGGUCUGUCAGCUAUUAACAUUAACAACCAUCCGUGUCAGAAAAGUCUUCCUCCAGAUUCACCCCAGCCCCUCAAGGUGGUGAAUUCACCUUUUUUUUUUUUUU